GGAUGCAGAAUGUCCUGAAUUCUGUCAAGGGCACGGCGCUCGGUGUUGCCGAAUAUUUAACACCCGUACUGAAGGAAUCAAAGUUUCGCGAAACGGGUGUCCUAACGCCGGAAGAGUUUAUUGCGGCCGGGGAUCAUCUUACCCACCAUUGUCCGACCUGGUCGUGGGCUGUUGGGGAUGAGAGCAAAAUAAAGCCUUAUCUCCCGAAAGAUAAACAAUUUCUGAUUACGCGCAACGUACCCUGCCGUAGGCGCUGCAAACAAAUCGAGUUUGUUGGCGAAGAGAAUCUGGUGGAGGAGAACGAUCCGGAUGGUGGAUGGGUCGAAACACAUCACUACAAUCCGGACGAUGCGGGUAGUUCCGGGCUGGAGGAGAAGGUUUGUGAGAUGAAGCUGGACAGCUCACGGACUGAGGAUGAACCGGCGGCUGAUAUGGAUGAUCUGAGGAAUCUGGAUGAUGGCGAGGGAGGAGACGGUGCUGGGGAUGAGGAUGAUGAGGAUGGUGCGGCAAUUGAUAUGGAUGAGUUUGAGGAGAGCGGUUUGCUGGAAACCGUUGAUCCGUCAAAUGCAUUGCUACCCGCACCGAAUGAAAAGCCCAAACCGGUCGUACCAACCGAGGCGGAAGGUGAGUCUGUGGUACGCACCAGAACAUACGAUCUUCACAUCACGUACGACAAAUACUACCAAACGCCCCGUCUUUGGGUGAUAGGGUAUGAUGAAAACCGGAAGCUACUAAGUGUAGAACAGAUGUACGAUGAUGUCAGCCAAGAUCAUGCGAAGAAAACGGUAACCAUGGAAACGCAUCCACAUCUACCAGGUCCGAACAUGGCAUCUGUACAUCCGUGCAAGCACGCCGAUAUUAUGAAGAAAAUCAUCCAAACCGUUGAGGAAGGUGGUGGCGAACUGGGCGUCCAUAUGUAUCUCAUCAUCUUCCUGAAGUUUGUCCAAACCGUCAUACCGACGAUCGAGUACGAUUUUACGCAAAACUUCAACAUUACCAACCACAAAUAAGGCGACGGAUUUUCCUAUUUGC